GAGACACAGCAGUUCGAGAGGUGUUUGAGGAGACUGGCAUCAAGUCAGAGUUCAAGUCCAUCCUAAGCAUUCGGCAGCAACAUGAACACCCUGGAGCCUUUGGGAAGUCGGAUAUGUACAUCAUCUGUCGUCUGGAGCCCUCCUCCUUCAACAUUAGCUUCUGCCAGCAGGAGUGCCUGAGGUGUGAGUGGAUGGACCUUGGUGAGCUUGCUCGGACGAAACUCGCUACUCCCAUCACCAGCCAUGUAGCUAAACUCCUACUGUAUGGAUACAGGGAGGGGUUUGACAAGAUCGAUAUCACCAUGAGAGAGUUCCCUGCUGUCUACACAGGCCUCUUCUACAAACUGUACCACAGGGAGCUGCCCGAGUCCUAUAGAAGCAUGAUGUGA